AUGUUGAUAUCAGACGGAAUAAAUCAUGGAAAACUACAAUCAAUAAUAGUUGGUGAGUUAAAAAAAGCUGGUUUAAAGCAUCGUUUGAAGAAGAUUAUAUUGAAAAAUGUAAAAAAUCAUAAAACUCUAUUUGGAGCUCCAUUGAUGAAAGUGCCCUCAUGCAGUGUAAUUUGCUGUGGUAGUACGUUGAGUAUUCCGAUUGUUGUCAGUGAGAUGUCUUCUGUGCUUCGGGCUAAUGCUCAUGUUGAAGGAUUAUUUCGUAAAGCCGGAUCUCAAACUCGCCAAAAAGAUAUUAAGGGUCUUCUAGAUGCUGGUGGCUGUGUCUCUGAAGGUCAUCAUCCUAUUGAUGUAGCAAGUGUACUGAAGCUGUAUCUACGCUGUUUGCCAGAACCUCUUAUCAGUGCAGAAAUUCAAGAUUUGUUGUUACGAUGCAGGGUUACUGCAGGAGGUGACGGAAUGAAAUCAAUUUUACACACCUUACUAUUAUUGCCUGUGCUUCAUGUACACUUGUUGCAUUAUAUCAUGGAGUUACUGAACUUCAUUUCAUCGAGACACAAAGAUAACUUAAUGGACUCCUCCAACUUAGCAAUUGUGUUGGCUCCCAGCAUUAUGCCGCUUCCUGCAGCAGCUACUGCUCAGAGACUUGAACAUCAUGUAGCUCUUGUAAAGCUAUUCAUAGAGAAUUCAAAACAUAUUGGGUUACUGACCGAUGAGCUUAUGUCGCAAUUGGAUGAUGAUUCUGAUAUUCAUCAAGUCAGACGGAAAAAAGAAGAAGUGGAUCACUUAACCGUAUGCUAA